AUAUAUGUAUGUAAAUUAAGUAAAGAAAAAGCACAUUAUUGAAAUAUAAAUACUUAUACAUAUAAUUCUCAAAAUGACCACAUCGAAUACGAUAGUUUUGAAGAGUCUUUCCAUACUGCUCGGAUUAUUCUUCAUCUUUGUGGGAUUACUUAAGUUGACACCAGCUAUUAGCAAGGAUCUAUUCAAGGACUUGCGAACAGAAUAUGUUAAAUAUGCCAAAGUUUUUCCGCUGGCCACAAUGUUUGGCUUCAAAUUGCCCUCGAAGUGGUAUCGUCGAACUGUUGGUAUCCUGGAAAUAACUUGCGGGCUGGCUAUGGCACUUAUUCCAUAUCAUAAAGUAAAAAAUGCUGCCAAUGUAACUCUGUUGCUAUUAAUGAUUUUGGGUGUCUACCAACAUUGGAUGGUCAGUGAUCCAUUCGAACGAUCUGGACCGGCGCUCGUAUUUACAUUCAUGCUAGGCGGACGACUUGUUGUAUGGUAUCAGACAAGUCGGAAAGACAGUGAAUUAGCAGCUGCCACACAACCACAAACGAAUGGCGUGAAACAGGAUUAAGAACUCAAUAAGACAUCGUAGAAAGCAGAUAUUCACAAUCAAUCCAUUUUAAUAAAAUAUAACGCAUAAUUAUCUAUGAGAAAAAAGGUCUCGCACAUCACAGCUCAUCACAUCAGACUUAAGAUAAACAUACACACAUAAGUGCAAUUUGCACAUCAAAGCAAUCAAUUCAAUUACAACAAUGAUUAAAGUGACAAACAUUAAUAACCAUUCAUAACAUCAUACAUAAGAAAUCUCGUAAACAUCUCUAAUUCAACAUUCUCAUAACUGCACAGUCACCAUUUUGUAUCAUAAAUUAAUGUUUUCUUUGAAAUUAAAAGUAAAACCCGUUGUAAAUCCAAAAGUCUACCAUGAAAUGUGCUCAACACACUGUCAGUAAAUAUAUACACAUAAUUAUCAUAUAAUGAACGUUUUUAACCGCACAAUUUAAUGAAUAUUGAAAUAAACUAAUUCAUAAAUGUGAUGUAGUGGAACUUCAUCUAUCAUUUAAAAUUUUA